CGUCUACUUUUGUGUCUUUACCAUUAUACAACAGUAACACUCUACUAGCAUCUUUGCCAAAAGGCAAAAAAAUGACAACAAUUAUACCAAAUAUGAAGUUCUAUGCCCCCACUUUAUCUAACAGAAUAAACAAAUUUUCCAAUGUCAAAUUGACAACAUUGUCAAGAACAAGGAAUCGAACUUUUUGCAACAACGUAAAGGCUAUGGCUGGAGAUGAAGCAAGCUUGCAGAGAGUAAAGCAGCAGCAAUUGCAACCAAAGAUGAAGGUGUCACAAGCUUCACCUAGAGUAUUGUUGAACCGGUUUCCAGUAGCUAGGACAGUGCAACAAAUGAUGGACACAAUGGAUAGGAUUGUGGAAGAUCCUUUGGUUUACAGUGACACUUCACCUUGGAUAGUUGUGGAAGAUAGUGAACACAAUAGGGGGAAAAUUCCUUGGGAAAUAAAAGAAGGAAAGAAAGAUUACAAAAUGAGAUUCAACAUGCCUGGUAUGAACAAAAAUGAUGUUAAGGUAUGGAUUGAAGAGAACAUGUUGGUAGUGAAGGCAGAAAAAGUAGCAAGAGAGCACCAUCAUGAAGGUCAAGCAAAUGGCAAUGAAGAAUUAAGUCCAGAACAUGAAGAUUGGCCUGCAAAUAGCUAUGGUAGGUAUAAUCAUAGGAUUUCACUUCCCGAAAAUAUCGAGUUUGAGAAGAUUAAGGCACAAGUUAGAGAUGGUGUUCUUUACAUCACAAUCCCUAAAGCCAAAACCAGUGCAAAAGUAAUUGGCAUAGAUGUAGAGUAACUAUAAGCUCAUAAAUUGAGAGCAAAGAAUAUUUUAGUCCUUAAAUGUGUGAGGCAGUAUCAUUAUAAUUCUUAAAUGUAUCGAAACUUCAAAAACAUCUCUAAGUGUUUUUGUUAAUAAUUUUAUAAAUCAAACUAAUAAACAGAAGAUAGAUUUGAUGAUCAAAUUAACUAAAAAAA